UACAGUUCCAUAGCUCAUUCGUGAUGGCACAUCAUUUGCUUUGCUUGGCGGUAUAGAUUCGAUUCACAACUUUUGGAGAAUGUAUCUCCAUUCCGACUGCGAUAAUUCACAUAGCCAUCCUCGCCGCCCAUAGCUACUAAGGUGUUUCUAUUGCUUUCUAUUCAUGGAAGGAAGGGUUUCCGCACCCUCGAAACCAGAACGACAUGGUGCCAGCAGCGGAAUCAGCUGCCAAACCUAGUACCACCAUCAUCUACUUAAUUCGGCACGGCGAUCGUCAUGACUACGCGUAUCCGGAAUGGAAGGAACAGAUCGUCGCCCAAAAUUUCCUAUGCAUAACUGCAAAAGUGUCUUCGUUCCUUCCGUGCUCCUGCUAGAGCUAGAGCUGGUCGUACAGAAGUAGACGUCGCAUCACAACUUUCAGACGGAAAAAAAGGCAUUUGUAUUGCUCAAAAAAGAAGACUUGCCAUGCGGUAAGUAUUGCAAUUAGUACGAGUGCGAUAUGAUCUUCGAAGACCUUUUGAGUUUGAUAUUCCCCGGUGAUCGACCCCCCUCUUUCCGCGUUGGGGCACCAGCAAGCGCGGGAAACGGCCAAGGAGCUUGCAGGUGAUUUGGUGAACUGGCUGCGGGAAGAUUUUCAUGCAGAGGAGAAGAGUAGACCAAACGUCGACGUAAAAGAAUGCAAAAGUCCAGAUCUUCCGGAUAACAAGUUCAUCCCAUGGAACAAGAAUGCAAUUCAGAUCCUCGCGUCUCCCUACCUGCGAGUGAUCGAGACUGCCACGCCUCUGGUCCACUAUCUGAAUUUGCAGUUGCCCGGCAUGGUAGGCUUGGAAGGAAAUAAGGAGGGCCUGCCUGCCGGCCUGCAACUGAAAAUCGAACCUGGAUUGGCGGAAACCACGCACGUCGUCGGCAUCCCGACCCACGUCCCGGGCCACCGAUUCGCGACCUUCCCGUACGUGGACGUGCUGUAUGAGCCCAUGUUGAAGAACAGUACGGAAGAUUUCGCACUGAAAUCCACGCACCGGCACAUGAAAAUGGGAACAGACAAGAAAACAGGUGAAGUUCGCUUCUGCUCGACGAAAGGACGACAAGGGGAUAUUAAGGUCGUGCAGCCGGCCCGUGUAGCAGAGCAAACUCAAAAAACGAGAACAAGUAAAAUCUGCUUCUCUACUUCGUCCGGAAUUGAAAGGGACCAACAAGAAGCAACCUUUGAAGAUGUAGACCUCCAAUUUCCCAACUGCGAAGACUACCCGGUGGAUUACUUCAAGCGGAUGGAAAAAGUCGCAAAUCUCCUGAGAGAAAAAUGCAACCCCAAGAACUACUACAGUACCGGAUCUGGUGGUGUUCCACCUCCUUUUGCAGAAAAACAGAGCGGGGAGGCCACCACGACCACAACUACAACUACUGCAAAAAACAACUCACCAGCAGAAGUAGAUCAUCCGCCUAAAGCCCUCAUUCUCUUUUCUCACGCCGCUUCCGUCGGGCUGGUUGGCCAUCUGGCGAGAAAGAAGGAUUUGGCCAAAGACGUGGGGAAAUUUGCUCCGUGCGGGAUUUUCAAAAUCCUACUCACGACAAGUCCGGCGGGGGAGCAGACGGCAGAAAUAGUGCGGUUUGGCGGGGACAAUACGAAGUAUGUCUCGGAAAACGCAAAAACGACCUAUCCUUGGUUGUAUCGAGAAGAAGCUUUGAAAUUGUGGAAAGAAAUGUACCCAGAUUAUGAAUGAAGGCGAUAGGAGAUUUUAAUUCUGAAAUUGAAGACGCAAAAUUGAAGUCAGCGAUUUUUUGAAUGAAGUAAACCGACCAAUACCCUCCACCCUGCUCGUGUGUACAAUAUAGUUGAAUGCCAU